AUGGAGGCACUUUUGGAUGGGGUAGUGGAGCGAAGAGGAGUUCUCGUCCCAGAGGACUGGCAGGAGUGGACACAUCACCACACUAUGUCAGCCUGGUGGGAGAUCACCACACAGGUGUCAGAUACAACUCCAGACCACUGGCUGGGAAGCAUUGUGCCUUACAGGUGCCCACAAGGAGACAGCUUGGAGCCAGGAGGUGCCCAACCAGAGCAAAGGGAUCUCUUCCUGGAGCCUGCACAGUUUCCAUCCAGGAGAGUGCAGAUAUGGCCAGAUUCUCCACCACCUCCUCCAACUACACCUCCAACUAGACCUCCAACUGCACCACCUCCUCCAACUACACCUCCAUCUGUACCACCUCCUCCAACUACACCCCCAUCUGUACCACCUCCUCCAACUACACCCCCAUCAGCACCACCUCCUCCAACUACACCUCCAUCUGUACCACCUCCUCCAACUACACCUCCAUCUGUACCACCUCCUCCAACUACACCUCCAUCUGUACCACCUCCUCCAACUACACCUCCAUCUGUACCACCUCCUCCAACUACACCUCCAUCUGUACCACCUCCUCCAACUACACCUCCAUCUGUACCACCUCCUCCAACUACACCUCCAUCUGUACCACCUCCUCCAACUACACCUCCAUCUGUACCACCUCCUCCAACUACACCUCCAUCUGUACCACCUCCUCCAACUACACCUCCAUCUGUACCACCUCCUCCAACUACACCUCCAUCUGUACCACCUCCUCCAACUACACCUCCAUCUGUACCACCUCCUCCAACUACACCUCCAUCUGUACCACCUCCUCCAACUACACCUCCAUCCGUACCACCUCCUCCAACUACACCUCCAUCUGUACCGCCUCCUCCAACUACA